AUGGCUGACAGUAUGGAAGAAGACGUGCCGGAAGAGUCUUUACCUCUCCGGCAGGACCUGACCUGCCCCGUGUGUCAGGGUGUCUUCCAGGACCCCGUGCUGUUGCCGUGUACCCACAGCUUCUGUCGGGAGUGCCUGCAGAAAAGUAUUCAGUACAACAAGAAGUGUCCCUUGUGCAGGGACGAGUUUGAGGAAGGGCAGGCCAUUUCCAACCGCGCACUCAGCAGCGCGUGUGAAUCCUUCCUCAAACAGUCAAACAGCCGGUCGAACCGGAAACGCCCCAGUGAGGACACCUGUAACCUGCACCUGAAGCCGCUGGAGCUGUACUGUGAGAAGGAUGAGGAGCCGGUGUGUGUGGACUGUGUCACGCUACACAACACACACAAGCUUUGGCCACUGAAAGAAGGGGCGCCACUGUGUAAGAAGGAGCUGAGCUUCAAAGUCCAGAUUUUUGAAAAGAAAGUGGAGUCAUACAAGAAAAUGACAUUUAAACUUAGCAACGCAAUGGAGUACAUCAAGUAUCAAGCUGGGCAGGCAGAGAAGCAGAUCAAGGAGGAGUUUGAGAGGCUCCACAAAGCUCUUAUCACAGAGGAAGCUCUGCGUUUAAAAGCCCUGGCUGUUGAGGAGGAGCAUAAGAUUGCUUCCAUACAGAAGCUGAUUGAGAACACAAACAAAGACAUUGACACUUUGAAAAAACUCAAUGAUACACUGAAGAAAGAGAUGGGCAACGAGGAUCUACCUCUUCUGCGGAAUUUCCAGAAGUUAAAAAGAGAAGCCCAGUGGACUCGUGAAGAACCUCGACUCCCUAAUGACUCUCUUUUGAACAUGGGCAAGCAUGUUGGUGCCUUAAGCUUUAAAAUCUGGAAGAACAUGCAGGCUCAUAUCAAAUAUUAUCCAGUGGUGUUGAACCCUAACACAACCUCUCCAUGGCUAUCUUUGAAUGCUGACCUGUCCAGUGUAAAGGAAAGCUCCGAGCGGCUAACCAUCCCAGACAACCCGGAGCGCUUUGAUCCCUGUGUCUUUGUCCUGGGUGCUGAAGGUUACACAUCUGGGAAACACAGGUGGGAUGUCAUUGUUGGUGACAACCCCAAGUGGAUUGUGGGAGUGUGCAAAUGGUCUGUGCCCCGUAAAAAGAAGUUUACAGUCUCUACGAACCGUGGUGUGUGGUCCAUGGGGCUGAGCAAAGGAGUGUAUACUGUCUCAACACCUGAGCGUACAGAGCUGCAGGUGCAGCAGCGUCCUGAAAGGAUCCGCAUUAAGCUGAAUAUAGAUAAGGGAGAGGUGUCAUUUUGGGAUGGGGGAACAGCAAAGCACCUUGUCACUUUGACACACAAAUUUGAUGAAGCAAUAUAUCCUAUUUUUGGCCCUGGUCUCCACAGUAUGCCAAUGAUUCUGGCUCCGGGAAAAAUAGCUGUACACACCUCUUGAUGGGCUAGUAUACUGUAUACUGCCGAGGGAUUCUUGUUGACCAAAAGCUGUCUUUUUCAAAUAAAAAAGAUACAUUUAUCAACAUGUAAUUAGUCAUCUGGAAGGAAUUGCAAAUCACUUUAGCAAAAAAAACAUUUAAAUUUGCCAAUUGGAAGAGAUAAGAUGGAAUGAAUAUUACAGUUGACAAUCAGAUUAUAGAUUAAUAUGUUAAAUGGGACAUGAAAUAUACCAAAAUUGGAUGAUACUAAAAGAAUAUAUGAGACAUUACAUAAACUAAACUCGUGAAGUUUCAAGAAAAGAUUGAAAGGAUGAGGCUAAUGUUAAGGUUUGGCAUAAGGGACUUAUGUCAAGAAAAAUGUCAAUAACAGUAUGUCAGAAAUGUAGUUCAUUAAAAGCAUUGCAGCUGCAUGAUGCAUAAGUAUAGGGGGAGAUGAGAAAUGUCUUUUUGAAUUGUGAGGGUGAACAGGAAAUUGCAGAAACUGAGAUGUGAAUGUGUGUAAUGAUGCCCAAAUCAAUAAGAUGUGUCUUGGAGGAAACUGGAUUGACUAGUCUUUUGUCAUCCCUUUACAACGGAGUGACAAAAUAAAAAAUGACACAAAUAACUGGCAGCAUGGCUGAUGCUGGUGGUUAAUACAGAUUUAAACAGUUUCUUUUGGUAUUUUCUACUGGAGGAAAUCUGCAACAUCCAGCAUAAUAUAUGAUCAAAUAAAAAGAAAAAGGGGAAUGUGAGUGUAAUUUAAGUUGCCUGCUUGCUUCACUAGCUUUUGUAGUAGUUAUGUUAUUAUUCCAUUUUGAAGUAUUUCAGUUCUAUCAGGAAUCAAUUAAAUGAACUUUUUACGCUUGGGGUAUGCGCUUUAAUUAAUUGUUGUACUUUUAUACAAUUUGUUUGAUUCUGCACUAAUAUUGGGAUCUGUGUAAAUUUGUUGGCUUUAGAAUAACUGUAGCCAAUACUUUAAAGUAGGAGAUACUACUACAGCUCUGAAUCUAUAUGCAAGUUCCUGAAUGUGCUAUCUUCAUAUGAACACCUGGUAUACAAAUAAAAUAAAAAUUGAAAACAUU